GCAAGGCGGCCACCGCCGGCGACAUCCGGAAGGCCUACCACAAGCGCGCGCUCAAGUGGCACCCGGACAAGAACCCCGACCACCACAAGAAUGAGGCAGAGAGGAGGUUCAAGCAACUGUGCGAGGCCUACGAGGUACGUAUUGAUCCGCAUGGAGUAGAGUAGAUCGACAUGUCUGCAUUGUCGCCCUGACGAUUUCUUCUUCUUCUUCUUUGUGCAUGUGUCUCUGUCUUACUACAUGGGAUGCGUAGGCUCUCAAGGACCCGCUGAAGCGCGCGGUGUAUGACAGGCUCUCCGCCGAGGAGGGGCUCAAGGCGAAGGCGCCACCGACGCCGGCUGCCGCUGGCAGUGCUGGCGCGAGGGUGCCGCGCGCUGCAGGCCAGGGACGCGCGUCUAAGGCCACGGGCGGUGCCGACACCGGUGGAGCGAAACGAGCAGGUGGUGCAGGCAUGGGUGCGCGCUCCGGCGGUGCCCGCAGCGGUGGGGAGAAGCGAGCGAGCGGUGCAAGCCCCGGAGCCGCGAAGCCGAGCCGCACUAGCGAUGGUGGCUCUAGAGAUGUACCGGGCGCGGGCUGGGGAGGCCCGACGUGGACGCGAGGUGCUGGUGCCGGCGGCGCGAAGAGCUCGAGCGGUGCGCGCUCCGGGUGCACCGGAGACUCCCACUUUGGGGGCAAAGGAGGCACGACAUUCUUCCAUCCUACCGGUGCCACCUGGGCGACGAGCACCGGCGAUCUGGAAGAAAACGAGGAAUGUGGUGCGUCCAUGAAUCGGGAUUACUGCUAUGGGAGCGGGCACAUCAACGAAGACUACUACGAUUGGUUUGAUGAUGAUGACGAUGGGGCUGAAUAUGAAAGUGACUACUUCAUUUUGUCUGAAUAUGACCCCUUCGAUUUGUAUUAGAAAGAUGAACUA